CUGGUUUUUCCAUACCAAAUAGCCCGAUGGGUCUUGAGGUGGACUAUAGAUCACAUGUAAUGGUGGUGGUGCUGGCGCUGAUGCUGGCGCUGGUGGCGACCAUAUUGGAGGAGAACGAAAAGAUUCUUGAGUUUGAAAAGCGCCAUUCGAAGGAUUUGGUGCAGACAAUUGCUGUCCCCACCAUGAUUUUCUUGUACUUGUGGCCCAAGAAGGCUUUUCUGUGUUACUAUUCAGACUAUGCGAGGGUUCCGGGGGCGGAGUGGUGCGCCGAGAAACAGCCGGUUUAAUUAAAGCGUCAAUAGGAUUAGUAUUGAAGCGGGGCACUGGUGCUCCCAAAAAGAUCAAAUCGCGGGUGAUUUGCCUGCCAUUUUGGGCAUGGGCAAUUAACCGAAGCAUUGCAUAGAACUCGAUCUCGCUCAGGCCGCCCACAGCAUCCUGGAACAAUUGAAGUAUCUCUUCUAGCUUCUUGUCUGGUAGGCCGCAGUCACCCAGAAAUACAAGUGCAGUUUUAUUUUCAAGUUUACCGAGUCCAAAAGGGUCCAAGUCUUUCCACCAUGAUCUAUACGCUUUCUGUUCUCUUUCUGAUAAUUCACUGAGAUUAAUCGAUGGUGGUCCACAAGGCUCCUCAUCUGCUAAUGGGGGCUGAGUAAGAUUCGAAUGGCGUUUAACAAAUUGCUGUGAUCGUCGUUCCUCGACGUCUUUGGUGCGUAAAAAGGUGCUUUUUAGUUUCUGCAUUGUAGAUGUUG